AUACUUCUCUGGCCACUGGGGCGUGUCCAAUGGCCUGACCAGCUCCUCCCGCCAGGCCCAGCUGCGCUCGCUCUCCCCCGUGCCAAAGCCAACCGGCCCAAACAAACUCACCAAAUCCACCUCAACACCCAACAUCGCCAGAAUGGCCGCGGCCGUCGCCAGCCCGAGUCCGUUGACGUCCAUGUUUCAUCCCGAGAGCGAGGUGCUGAAUACCAUUCCGGAUCCGCGAACGCCUAGCCCCAUUGUCCCGGCGUCGAGGAGCGGCUCCACCGAUUCGAGAGCAAGCCAACAUCCAGACCUCAGCAAUGAGGUUGCAGCGUUGAGCACGAAGCUGAUCAACUCGAUAAACACGCAGACCAGGCUGGAUGAUUCGCUGCAGGAAAGCAGGCAUGAGUUGGAGACUGCGAGGCAGCGGCUGAAGGUGUUGGAAGCGUCCGAUAAGGAACAUACCGAGGCCAUUGAGAAGGGCCUGUUGGUUAGCAGGAGCGAUUACGAUAAGAUGGAGGCGAGGUUAAGGAAAGAGGUGGCGGACGAACGGCAGAUGAAGGCUGCUGUGGACAAGGAGAAGCGGAGGAUUGAGUCGGAGCUAGAGCAGUUGACGACGGCCUUGUUCACGGAGGCUAAUGAGAUGGUCGCAGAUGCCCGGAAAAAGACAGAAGACGCGGAAAAGCGGAACGAGUCGCUGAAGCAGCAACUCAGCGAUACCGAAGUACUACUCAGGUCCCACCAAGAACAGCUACAAGACCUCAAGGCCGUAAUGCAGCAGAUGAGUUCCGAGGGCGAAACGGAAACGAACACACAUAUCUCCACCGCGCCAUCAACACCAGGGCUUGCACCGCAGGACAAGAUGAACCGAAUAUUCGAGGCUGCGAAUCUCACGCCCAACACCCCCGGCUCCGACGACAUCCCCCCAGAUCACCCCCUACGAUUCUCCCACCUCAUUCACCCCGUCCUCCGCUCCGACACCGUGGCCUACAACGAGUUCCAAGAAAUGCUCCGCACUGCGCGCGCGUCGGCCCCCAGCAGCCGCGCCGCGAGUGGAAAUUAUGGCGGCCUGAACGUCAUGGGACUCGGCUCCCUCACGCAGAAUGGCUCCACCACCUCCCUCCCCUCCGCCAACAACUCCCCAAGUCUCGGCUCCACCGGCUCUCCCCGCGAUUCUCUCAUAUCCACCCCCCUAAAAGACGCCAAAUUCUACAAAAGAGCUGUAGUCGAGGACAUCGAACCCACCCUCCGCCUUGACGUGGCCCCUGGCAUCUCCUGGCUCGCGCGCCGCACCGUUCUCACAUCCAUGACGGUGGGAUCGCUGGUCGUGGAACCCCAUCCGCCUAUUCCCAAGUUCCGCGGCCCUGUCUUCUCUUGUUCCCUUUGCGGCGAGAAUCGAAUUGGCGACGAAUAUGUUCGCAAAUUCCGGUUCCGGACGAGCGAGGCCGAUGACGCGCAGCGCUACCCCCUAUGUGAUUACUGCCUCACGAGGGUGCGGACGAGCUGCGACUAUAUCGGCUUCUUGCGAAUGGUACACAAUGGGCAUUGGCGUGCGGAGACGGAAGAGGAGAAGAAGGCAGCGUGGGAGGAGAGUGUGCGGCUCCGGGAAAGGAUGUUCUGGUCACGGCUUGGCGGCGGGGUGGUGCCGAGCUUUAUACCGUUGAGGGAUAGUCCGCGGAGUCCACAUUUUGCGAAUGGAAGGGGGAUAGCUGGCAGGAAGAGUGAUAGCAGUGAGAUGGUGAGGGAGCUACAAACGGAUACGGUCGACGUGAGGGAUGUUACGAACGGCGGGCUGAAGCCUAGUCCGAAAGAGCUGGAUCCUUUUACCGGCACGGAGAAGGGGAAGAGAGUUUCUAUUGGCAAGACGGUACUCGAGGCUACCGAGGAGAAGAAACUCGACACCGAGGAGGAAAAGAGGAUUGAAAAGGAGGCAGAGGCGCAACUUCAUAAUGAAGUUAGGAAGAGUUUGCAGAGGAUGGAAUUGCGUGAGGUUCAGCCAGAGGAAACGACAAAUGAAGAAAACCCGACUCCACCGGUCGAGACGAUAGAACCAGAACCACCGGUAGAGACGGUAGAAGCAAAACUACCGGUAGAGACGGUAGAACCAGAACCAAUACCAACACUGGCGGUACCGACAUCGACAUCGACUUCGGCGUCUAGAGCAACGAGUCCAAGCAAAAAAGGAGAUCGACUCAGCAUCACCAUUCCUGGGUCUUUUGAAUAAGCGAACCACGGACAUUUGGGUUUCUAAAACCUGGAUCCGGGCUUCUUAUACAUACUAGUUCUGUGCCUUUCCUUUUUUCUGUUCCCUUCUUCAUCUCGGGAUAUAUAUACUCAGACUUGGGCAUGUGAGCUCUGGUCGUUCUACAGGGUUCGCAUUGGGUAUGACACGGAUUGUAUAAUACCAUUGGCUUUGCUGGUUUGCGUUGGGGGUUGAAAUUGUACGAUAUGCUACUCGAAGCAAGCGGGAGUUUGGAGCGCUUACAGAUGUCUGAUCCAUGAGCGCGGAUUGGAUAUAAUCAGUAGAUAUCGGAUAUGCGAAAUGAACAAAGGAUAUUCGGUAGGGCCUCGGGUGGGUUCUAAAAACAUCUUGCCUUGCAUUUUUUUUGUUAAAAGCACAUCCAUUCUGUC